UCAUACACUUUCGCUCCUCGCGCUCACCGUUCAUCUCCGAGUAGGAGACGAACAACCUCACCGGAGAUACCGAAAAGAAAGGAGUGAGGAUACACCGGGACCGGACAACACAACAACUCCCAGCAUGAAACAAAUGUGAAACCGUCACGGGACUAUCUUUCCCAAGAAGCAUACAUUCGAUUUUGUAUUGUCUUCGUCGAGAUUUGUGAGGUUGGUGAAAUAUGGAAACGGCUGUUUCAAGAGGCUUAUUGCUCGCUCAGCUCUUGAUCGUCUGUCAAUUAGCUGAACUGGUGCAAGGAUACGGAUACCGGGCCCAGCGCAAAUUCUCAGAAGACAUCGACUGGUCCUAUGCAGGGACUCUCAACCAAAACAACUGGGCCAAGAAGUACCCAUCAUGUAACAAUGCCAGACAGUCGCCCAUCAACAUCGAGGAGGAGCUGACACAGGUCAAAGUUCAGUUCCAAAAGCUGAAGUUCGAGGGCUGGGAGGAAGCGAUGUCUGAUGGGACCACCAUCAAGAAUGACGGCAAGACAGUGGCGGUGAACCCAGAGGGGGACUUCUAUGUGAGUGGAGGGGGGCUGAGGGGCAGGUUUAAGGUGGGAAGAAUCACCUUCCACUGGGGACGCUGCAACGCCUCCUCAGAGGGCUCCGAACACAGCCUCAACGGGGUGAAGUACCCCCUUGAGAUGCAGAUCUACUGUUAUGAAGCGCAUCGCUUUGAGUCCUUAGACUACGCCAUCAAGGACGGGGGCAGGAUCACAGCUCUCUCUGUGCUGUUUGAGACUAGCAUCGAAGACAAUGACAACUACAUAGCCAUUAUCGAUGGAAUCAACAGUGUCAGCCGAUUCGGUAAGAGUGGGAGGGUGAGUCCCUUCUCUCUCCGGGGCCUCCUGCCCAACUCUACAGAGAAGUACUUCAUCUACAACGGCUCCCUCACCACCCCACCCUGCACUGAGACCGUGGAGUGGAUCGUCUUCAAGAACACUGUGGCCAUCUCCGACACGCAGCUGGAGAUGUUCUGUGAGGUGAUGACCAUGCAGCAGGCGGGCUACGUGAUGCUGAUGGACUACCUGCAGAACAACUACAGGGAGCAGCAGCAGCAGUUCAUGGGCCAGGCCUUCUCCUCCUACACUGGCACAGAGGAGGUCCUCACUCCCAUCUGCAGUUCAGAGCCAGAGAACGUGCAGGCAGACCCCCAUAACCUGACCAGCCUGCUGGUGAUGUGGGAGCGGCCACGGGCGGUGUACGACGCCGGGAUAGAGAAGUACUCAGUUACCUACAAGCUGGCCCAGGGAGAGGACCCUCCGGCCUUUGAGUACCUGACCGACGGAGACCAGGAUGUGGGGGCCAUAUUGCAAGACCUGAUGGCCAACACCAGCUACGUGGUUCAGGUCUUGGCGGUCUGCACCAACGGUCUGUACGGCCGCGUGAGCGAGCAGCUGACUGUCGACAUGCCGAUCGACGACCCCGAGGAGACCCCUGAUCCAGAUUCUACUGGAUUUGCAGAGGAAGAGGACUAUGGACCCCGGGUUGAACCGGGUGAAGACCAGGACAAUGACAUGGACUGGACCACCCCAAGCUCUACGACGACCAGGCCCAAAACAACCACUGGCCUACCAAGCCUCCACUUGCCUGGUAUCAGAACAACCACCCCUUCUGUCCAGAGGAGAACAACCACUCCAGGGUCUCCUUUCAAGACCACUCAGCCCAACCGAUCCCAUACGUCCACGGAGCCGAGUGUAAGGUACCGCACCACGACCAGAGCUCCAGCAGAGGGGGCCGUCUCACCAGGCAGCAGAGGGAGCGGGAGUACCCAGAAGUAUGCCACAACAGCGACCAUGCCGCUGUCUCGCACUGAUGACGUCACCACUUCCUCAACCAGAAAGGAGAAGGGCAGAGGGGUGGCGCACCCCGUGACCGUCCCAAGCGGCAAAGGCAGCGGUGUUCCCAUGGCCAUCCCUCUCCCGGAAAGCUGGACCGUGGCCACUUCUUCCCCCUCCCUUUUUCAGGGGGUACCACCACAGCCUACAAGUCCCAGCAUGCCCUUGUUUUCGUCCACUGCCUCCUCCUUCGGCAGCGUUCUCUCGCAGACCACGCAGCCGGUGUUCAACGGUGAGAUCCUCCCCUCCACCCUUCCUGUGUGUGACACGUCGACCCCUGGUUACCCCGGCUCCGCCCCUAGCAAUGCCCCCACCGCCUGCCUGCAUGCCCCUCCUUCGUCUAGACCUGUGUCGUCUGUGACCCCUCCUGCUCGGGACUCCCCGCAUGCUGCUACAGCACUGUUGUCUAGUGGUGACUCAUUCCUCGCUCCCUCCUCCCUCUCCUCCCCCACCCUGCCUCUCCUCCCUGACCCCUCACACCCCCUGUCUGGUUGGGAGACCGUAGUCUCUCGUGGUGUUGGCGAUGAAGGCGAUGAUGAUAGUGGUGAUGGCGAUGUGUUGUCUGGUUCUUCAUCCAUGGCCUCAGGUGACCCCGCACUAUUUAGUGACACUCCCCCCCUUCAAACUCUCCCUGACUCGCCCGUCGAGCGGGACCUGUCUGAGCUAGCCUCUAGACCGCUCCCUGCAGCCUCUCUCUCCCUGCAGCCUUCUCUUCUCCUCUCUAGUGACUUCUCUCUGUCCGGGGCCACCCCGGGAAUCACUGACUAUGUCUAUGGCAGGCUGGGGGACUCUAGUUAUGCUACGGGCGGUGUAAUAGAGUCUUCUCUGUCGUGGGUUGUUGAUGGUGGUGGAGGGUUCACGGUAGCUAGCAAUGGUGUGGAGUCGUUGUGUAGCUGCUCUCUGGAUGGCACCUCGUCCUCUUCCUGGUUGCAUGCCUCUCCUCACCUCCCCCUGCCCACGUCUGACUGGGGGGCGGCUAGCCUAGCGCUCUACUCCUCCGGUAGCGACUUAGACCAUCUCAUCCAUUCAUCUCUGGCGGGCUCCACCAACCCGUCUGUAGGUCAGCCUCUCUUCUCUUCCUCCUCCUCUCCUCCUGUUCCUCAUCCUCCUCUCUCCGGUUCCCAUGGUGACCUGCACGUUUCUGUUACAGCCACACCGCCCCGCUCCAAGGACCGCUGGGUCUCGGCCCUCCGAACCUCCGCCCCCUCCUCCUCUUCCUCCCGCACGGCCUCCCCCGUCACCCCCACCCUCACCCCUGACCUGCAGACGGUAGACAGUAAUGCGUCUGGCUCGACCCUGUCGGGAGAAGCUCAGGAGGAGCUAGAUGAAGAGUGGGACAGGAUUCAGAGUUCAGCCUCGGCCUCAGCCUCAGGGGAGGGAAUGCUCCCUUACAUCCCCACCGCCCCCCCCUCAUUCACCUCUGAGGUUGCCGCCUCUCCCGAUUCCGACAAUGAUGAACGCUCCUCUGCGUUUUACUUUGAGAGUGAGAGUGGCAGUGCCGUCGCCACGGAGACAGCAACAGUAUCUGCGAUAACUGCGGCGGUGCCCUGGCCGCUAGGUGGGGAGGAGCAGAGUGGCUCGGGACAGGGCGAGAGCCCAUACGACAACGAGAUGUCCUCAGACUUCAGUAUCCCCGAGCGCACAGAGAGAGACUCUGAGGAGGAGGAGCCAAUCGCAGAGGCCAGUAACAGCAGCCAUGAGUCCAGGGUGGGUCUGGCCAGGGAUAAGGAGAGGAGGGCCGUGGUCCCUCUGGCGGUGGUCUCCACCCUCACCUUCGUGGGACUCAUCAUCCUGGUGGGCAUCCUCAUCUACUGGAGAACGUGUUUCCAGACUGCCCAUUUCUACUUAGAGGACAACACAUCGCCCAGAGUCAUAUCUGUUCCACCCACACCAUUGCUUACAGCUACAGAUGAACAUGAAGCCCUUGCGGUGAAGCAGUUUGUCAAGCACGUGACAGAGCUCCACCACACCAACGCAUUCUCCCGGGAGUUUGAGAUAUUGAAAGAGUGUUACGAGGAUGUGCAGGUGUGCACAGUGGACCUGGGUAUCACCGCAGACGGCUCCAACCAUCCAGACAACAAGAACAAGAACCGAUACAUCAAUAUCCUGGCCUAUGACCACAGCCGAGUAAGACUCUCAACCCAGGCUGACAAAGACGGGAAGAGUGGAGAUUACAUUAACGCAAACUACGUUGACGGUUUCAACAAGUCCAGGGCCUACAUCGCGGCCCAGGGCCCUCUCAAGUCCAGCACCGAGGACUUCUGGAGGAUGGUGUGGGAGCAGAACGUGGGCGUCAUCAUCAUGAUUACCAACCUGAUGGAGAAGGGACGGAGGAAGUGUGACCAGUACUGGCCCCUGAAGAGCCAGGAUGAGUACGGUGGUUUCCUGGUGACGGUGAAGAGCAGCAAGGUUCUGGCCCACUACACCGAGAGAACUUUCACCCUCAGGAACACCAAGGUCCAAAAGGGUUCACUGAAGGGGCGGAUUAACGAGCGGACCGUGACACAGUACCACUACACCCAGUGGCCAGACAUGGGCGUGCCUGAGUACACACUCCCCGUGCUCACCUUCGUCCAGAAGUCCUCCAAAGCCAGGACAGAUGACAUGGGGCCUGUCGUAGUGCACUGCAGUGCGGGCGUAGGCAGGACUGGCACCUACAUAGUGUUGGAUAGCAUGCUGAAGCAGAUCAAAGAAGAGGGCACGGUCAACAUCAUGGGUUUCCUCAAACACAUCCGCACACAGAGGAACCACCUGGUACAGACAGAGGAGCAGUAUGUGUUUAUCCACGACGCCCUGGUGGAGGCCAUCUUGGGCAAGGAGACGGAGGUUUCCUCCAGCCUCAUCCACAGCUACGUCAAUGACCUCCUGACCCCAGGGCCCUCCGGCAGGACGCAGCUGGAGAAACAGUUUAAGCUGGUAUCCCAGUCCAAUGCCAAACAGUGUGACUACUCGGCAGCCCUGAAAGAGUGCAACAGAGAGAAGAACAGAAACUCCUCUUUAAUACCCGUUGAAAGGUCAAGGGUGUGUCUGUCCACGGUGGUGGGAGAAACUACAUCAGAUUACAUCAACGCCUCAUACAUUACGGGGUACCGGCAGAGCACUGAGUUCAUCGUGACCCAGAACCCACUGGCCGGCACGGUGACAGACUUCUGGAGGAUGAUCUGGGAUCACAACUCUCAGGUCAUCGUCACACUGCCGGGAACACCAGCAACACUGGGAACACCAAGCCUGGCAGAGGGGGAGGAGCCGUACGUGUACUGGCCCCGCAAGGAGCAGACAAUCAGCUGUGAGGCGUUCACAGUGACCCUGCGGAGCGAGAACCAUGUGUGUCUGGCCAACGAGGAGAUGCUGGUGGUGCAGGACUAUGUCCUGGAGGCUACACAGGAUGACUAUGUUCUGGAGGUGAGGCACUACCGGGCGCCUCGCUGGCCCAACCCAGACAGCCCCAUCAGCAGCACCUUCGAGCUGCUCAGCCUGGUGAGGGAGGAGAGCUCCUCCAAGGAGGGCCCCAUGGUUGUCCAUGACGAGGUUGGCGGUGUGACUGCGGGAACCUUCUGUGCCCUGUCUACUCUGGUGUGCCAACUAGAGUUGGAGAGCUCUGUGGACGUGUACCAGGUGGCCAAGAUGAUCAACCUCAUGAGGCCCGGGACCUUCAAUGAUGUUGAGCAGUACCAGUUCCUGUACAAAGCCAUGCUGAGCCUGGUUGGCACACAGGAGGACGAGAGGACGCUCCAGUCCUCUGACAACAACGGAACGGUCCCAGGGGGCCCUGUCAGCACAGCUGAGAGCCUUGAGUCCCUGGUGUAACCAUGGCAACGGGGCCCCUAACUUGCCAGUAUGGACUCUUGCCUGUCUCACUGUGUUCCGUUUUUAAAGACAGCAGCUUUGCCUUUUUCCCCCUCCUUUUUUUCUCCUCUUCUGUUCUCCGUCGUUGAAUGGCAGUUUCCUGACCGCUGGACAUGACACCGCACGACCCUGUAAUGUGUGCCUUUGUACAUUCAUCUUGUACUUCUAACGGCGUUCAUACAAUUGUAGAUUAACUUUACGAUGUUUUGUCGAUACCGUCAUCAUGAGAUGUUUGCUUAACUAACUGUUUUCCCUAAACUUUCGUAUUUAUUGGCAGUAAGCUAUAAAAAAAGAAGGGAAAAUGCAACUUUUAUGUUAAACAACAUUUUGUUAGCCUAUUUUUUGUAGAGUCAAUGCAUUGAGCAACUCAUUCUUCCGUCUAGACAAUGUAAAUACUAUUUUGUUUGUAGCAACGGUGAGCUUUUGAAAUCAAAAAUGCACAUUGGCAUAAAUAAUAAAUCUAAUAUGUAAAUAAUAUUAUAGCAACCAAGACAAUGGACCAAAUUUCUAUUUAUACUUCUAGAUUUUUAUAUUUUACUACAGUUUUUUUUAGUCAAUUUUCAAUGUAUGGCUGCAUUCUAAUCACUUAGUCAAAGCAUUUUUUUGUAUGUUUUAAUGUUAUAGCUAAUGUUCUGUAUUUUGUAACGGACUAAAUAUGAAGCUUGGGGUACUGACACGUUUUAGCUGUACAUGAAACUUUGCUGGAUGAUUAGACAUAGGAUUAAACAAGUGAAAGAAAACCAAGGAAGGAUCUUUUGGUCUGUCCAUUUUUCUUAAACUACUGUGAAGGUCAAUCUAGACCUGUGGGUGCACAGUACAUUAAAGAUCAACUGUUCCAUAAUUGGUGUAACUUCACAUUGAACUGGAUGCUAGCACUAUACAGCCUGAGGCGUGGGCGGCAUCAUGCCCUCAGGUCAGGUGCAUUGUGAAUAUACAGUAUGUUAUUAGUGCCUCAAUAGAGUUUAUCUGACCCCAUCAAAUUGUUCAGCAGAUGUUUGAAAUAAUUAUUAUGCAUGAUCAUUUCCAAAUGAGGCAGCAGGGCUAAGCCUUAACAAUCAACCCAAGGUAUGAGCUGUUCUCAACAAUAAUGGGAAUCUGUAAUCG